UCAGAAUAUGAUCCACACAUAAUAUUAUAUGUAUAACUAAAUCUGAAAAAUUUCGACUUGUGUCACUUUUCAUAGUGGUGCAAGUGACCAGCCUUGUAGCAAGACGAUUCCACUCAAUGCAAUAGUUUCUGGUCGUUGCCAGUUUGUAACGUGCUACUGCCAUGUUAUUUUAGUUUGUUCAAAGCUGAUUUUGAAAAAUGCCAAAACGUACUUGUCCCUUCGAAGGGGACUGUCAUCUAUUACCACAGAUGAAAAUGCAUGUAGGAGAAAAGCAGGUGAAUAACGGCGUAUCGAGUGACCAGCGAAUGAGAGAUGUUUAUAGUAGGACUCUAAGUUUGCUUAAAGCAGGCGCGAAGGUACUCUCCCAUAAAUUAAACACAUCAGGGCAAAUGGAUUCUGUAGACCUACCUCAACGUCCAUCACCUUGUAAAUUCAGAUCUACGUCCAAUAUGAAACAGAUGCUGUUAACCGACAAAUUGCAACUGAAAACUAGUGACAGAGUUGUCAAUGAUAUCCGAGUAGAUCUCUGCGAGUGUUACCAGUUGAUAGAUCGGUCUACAGUAAGCGCGUGUUAUUACUGUGAUCAGGCGUUGUGUUCCUCUUGUCAAUCUGUGUGCGCCAAUUGCUCAGAAUUGUUUUGUCAGAAUUGCUCUGUACCUGUAUAUAAUUAUAAGGAACAAAUCAUGUGCCUUAAUUGCUACCGAUAAUUAUCCAAAAGAAAGAUAUUUUUAUGCGA